GGACUGUUAUCAUAAAAUCCCUCUCUAUAUAAGUGCUCUGAGCCGAUGAGCUUCUCACAGGUCCUCUCCUUGCUGGAAGCUUCAUAAUUCUGCAAAAAUGAAAACCACCUUGGCCUGCCUCCUUCUUCUCGCCAUUAGCGUGACACUGUCCGAUGCUUAUUGCUUCUUUGAGCGGUUCAAGCCAGCGAUCUCUGAUGGUGUGGUCAUAGGCUGCCUUGACUUAAAGGGGGUGGCACAUAAAUUUGGUUCCUGGAAGACAGAAGACUGCCACGAUUGUUCCUGUGACAAGAGUGGAAUCCAGUGCUGCUCCAGCUAUGCAUCACCAUCUGGCUACGAUGAAGAGAAGUGUGAGAGCAUUUUCAACAAGGAGACCUGCACUUAUAAAGUAGUGGAGAAAAAUGAUCACUCAAAAGAAUGCCCAGUUGAAGGGUGGGUGGGCAAAUGAAGCAUUGUGGAUUUGGGAGAUAUUUCUUUUUGUUUUUUUCUUUUAAAGGUUUUCUCUCUCUCAAAUUAAAAAAUACUGAAUAAUGCAGCUGUUGAGUGAAAUCUACUCAUAAAACCUAACACAUAAUAAAAAUGAAUAUCUACUCACAGCAGGCUCCCAUGGUUUCUCUGCCUUCUGCUUCCCCAGGAAGAAAGAACCGAUUUGUUCCUUGCUUGAAAGCAGAGAUUAAAAGCUGACAUUUUUAAGCAUCCUCAGUAGCUGCUAAUUUUAGUUCUUCUCCAGUCACACUUCUGGGAGCAUAUUCUGUUAUCUGUGCACAGCUGUAUCUUAAAGCUAAAAUAAAAUCAGAUGAAGCAUCAGAA